AUGGCGUCCCCCGAGGAGAAGACCGCUGCUUCUUCAUCAAGAUCCAGUAUCUCCAAACAUGAACCUGGAACCGACAAUGACAAUGGCGACCUACCCAAGCCCAGCAAUCACAACUCGCGUUCGGGCACGGCAGUCAGCAGGCUAUGGAGGGCACUUCGCGCAGAGAAGGGAAAUGAGACGCAGCGCGGGAUGCAGAGUCGGCAUUUGAUGAUGAUUGCUAUUGGAGGUACCAUUGGUACAGGCAUAUUUCUGAGUGCGGGGUCGGCUAUCGCGUUAGCCGGUCCUGGAAGUGCACUACUCUCCUAUUUUGUUGUUGGACUUUUCGUUUACACCGUAGUGAUUGCCCUAGGCGAAAUGUCAUCCAUGUACCCUGUGUCAGGCGCCUUCUCGGUAUUUGGCGCGCGAUUCGUGUCUCCUGCCCUGGGCUUUACUCUAGGAUGGAAUUACUGGUUACAAUGGAGUCUUUCAAUUCCAAGCGAAUUGACAGCAGCGGCUGUCAUUCUACAAUACUGGACAGAUGCUUUGCAACCGUGGCAUUGGGCCAUCGUUAUCAUCGUUCCAAUUUUUGCGAUUCAGUUAAUCCAUGUCAGGGUGUACGGAGAAUCGGAAUACUGGUUUGCAAUGAUAAAAGUGGUCAUGAUCAUUUUCUUCAUCAUAGUAGGGUUGAUUUUCGACUGGGGAGGAGUAAAAGGCCAUCCUGGCCCUGGACUUUCCAAUUUCCAAAACGGCCAAGCAUUCAUCGGUGGCUUUGCAGCAUUUGCGCAGACCUUCGUAUAUGCGUUCUAUUCUUUCGGAGGCAUCGAGCUCGUCGCGGUUGCCGCUGGCGAAUCCGCGAAGCCAUACAAAUCAGUUCCUCGCGCGAUCAAAGCUACCUUCUUCCGCAUCAUCUUGUUCUAUAUCCUUACUAUUUUGACUAUUGGGCUGUGUAUCAACCAUGCGGAUGAUACUUUACUCACAGCGGCAUUUGACAGUGACGUGGCUGCGUCGCCGAUCACCGUUGUUUUUGUACGCGCGGGUUUUGGCGCAGCGGCGCACGUCGUCAAUGCAGUGCUACUCACUGCAGUCUUGUCCGCGACAAAUUCGUGUUUCUACGCCAGCUCACGAAUGCUACUCUCGCUCGCCCGAUCCGGCCACGCGCCGCGCGUCUUUGGUUGGGUCAACAGCCGCGGUGUGCCCGUUCCUGCUCUGAUGAUGGCCCUCGCCUUUGCAUGCCUCACAUUCUUGACCACAAUCUGGGGUGAAGGCGUUGCGUUUACAUGGCUGCUGAACAUUACAGGCAUCUCCGCCCUGCUCGUGUGGACCAGCAUCGGCGCUAUAUCGAUUCGAUUCAGAACGGCGUAUAAAGCGCAAGGACGGUCGUUGAAGGAUCUGCCGUAUCGCCAGCCUCUGUACCCAUUGCUGCCUAUCGGUGUGAUUAUCCUGGGGACGCUGAUGUUCGUCGCGCAGGGGUAUGCGGCUGUGAGACAGGAGCCGUUCGAGGCAAGGAACGUGGUGGCCACCUACAUCGGCGUCGCGCUUUAUAUCAUCCUCUACACAGGGUACACACUGUACGAGAAGUACGUCCUGCGCCGUCCGCUCAGCAGUCACUUUGUUCCACUUCAAGAGGUCGAUCUCGACACGGACGCUGUCUGGGCUCCAGGCGAGGGCGAGUCUAUACGUGCUGCGGACCGCAAAGCCCGCAAAGAGAGGAUUCAAGCGAGCGACCGGCCGGGAUUGACGAGGGUAGGGGUCUGGGUGAGGAGAUACGUUAAUUGA